AUGACAUCAGCGGGAAAAACAUUAGCUGAUCGCUAUCAUAUGAUAAGGCGCCUUGGUGAUGGCACUUUUGGUGAAGUUCUACUUGCUAAAAAAUUGGAUACUGGUGAUAAAGUCGCUGUAAAGAGGAUGAAAAAGAAAUUUUAUUCAUGGGAAGAAGCGAUGGCAUUAAGAGAGGUAAAAUCGUUAAAAAAGCUCAAUCAUCCGAAUAUAAUAAAACUGCGCGAAGUUAUAAGAGAAAACGACAAUCUCUAUUUUAUUUUCGAAUAUAUGCAAGAAAAUUUAUAUGAAUUAAUGAAAGAUAGGGAUCGACAUUUUCCAGAACACGUUAUACGUAAUAUAAUCUAUCAAAUCCUUCAAGGAUUGGCUUACAUGCAUAAAAAUGGCUUUUUUCAUCGCGAUAUGAAGCCGGAAAAUAUAAUGUGCAACGGAACGGAAUUAGUAAAAAUUGCUGAUUUUGGAUUGGCGCGAGAAAUUCGUUCAAGGCCACCAUUUACGGAUUACGUUUCGACAAGAUGGUAUCGAGCGCCAGAAAUUUUAUUACGAUCAACAUCCUAUAAUUCACCAAUUGAUAUAUGGGCUAUCGGUUGUAUUAUGGCUGAGCUAUAUAUGCUUAGACCGUUAUUUCCUGGAACCUCCGAACUUGAUCAACUUUUCAAAAUAAUCACUCUAAUGGGAACACCGAAUAAGGCUCAUUGGCCAGAAGGUUAUCAAUUAGCCGCAUCAAUGAAUUUUAAAUUUCAUCACGCCGUUCCAACACCACUUUCAACGAUUAUCAGUAAUAUUAGUGAGAAUGGUUUGAAAUUAAUGAUUGAUAUGAUGCAGUGGAAUCCUGAAAAAAGGCCUUCAGCAGUUAAUUGUCUCAGAUACAAAUACUUUUUAAUCGGCCAAAAGCUUUGCGCAGCAACAAUAAGUCAGCCAAGCACAUCGAGUCGUAAAACCAGUGCUGGCUCAACUCUUUCUGAUUCAAGAUUAAUGGCUGUUAAAAUAAAGCUACAAGAUGGGCCAAGCGAAAAUAUGCCAGCAGCAAGUAUUAUUAACGAAAGAAAUGUUAAUCGAAAUUUGCCUUUAGACAAGUUAUUGCUUGAAGAAAAUAGGAAAAGAGAUAUAUUACUUGACAAGAAUAGUCGAACAAUUAACGCCACAAAGAAUAAGCCAGCUGUAAAGGAAAUUUACCUCGCUAAAUCUCGUUAUGUACCAGGUAUGACAAAUCAAGAAAAUACGAUUCCAACGAAUAAUUCGACCGGAAAACCUUCAUGCAAUGUCUAUCGAUCAGCUGUUCAAGCACGUUUCGAAUAUGCUUAUGGUUAUGUUCCAUCGUUCGGUUCAAAACAUUUGGCUAAUAAUCAACAAUCAAAAGCUUCAACUGGAAGAAUCGAUUGGACAGCCAAGUGA